UAAACGUCCGAACUCACGAACUCCGUGACGCUUUCUCUCUCCGAUCACGAAUCCUAACCCUAGUUUCCGAUCGUAAUUCGCAACGCAGGUGUGCAAAUGCUUGUUCAACGACGACGAUCGUUGGUGAUCUGAGUUCGGAUCCACCUCUUUACUGGCUCUGAGCUUUGGUUGGCUUUUGACCUGGAACUAUGGCGUUGAGUAAUUGGGAAGCAGAUAAGAUGCUUGAUGUGUACAUUUAUGACUAUUUGGUGAAGAAAAAAUUACAUGCUACCGCAAAGUCCUUCAUGACUGAAGGGAAAGUUGCCCCAGAUCCAGUAGCUAUUGAUGCUCCUGGCGGUUUUCUCUUUGAAUGGUGGUCUGUCUUCUGGGACAUUUUUAUUGCUAGAACGAAUGAUAAGCAUUCCGAUUCUGCUGCUGCUUACAUAGAGGCACAACAAAUCAAAGCAAAAGAGCAACAACAGAUGCAAAUGCAGCAGUUUCAACUUAUGCGCCAAGCUCAGAUUCAGCGGAGGGAUCCUAAUCAUCCUGCUCUUGGUAGUCCACUUAAUGCUAUUAGUUCCGAAGGAAUGCUUGGGCAGUCUACUGCUACUGCAUUGGCAGCAAAAAUGUAUGAGGAACGAAUGAAGCACCCUAAUCCAAUGGAUUCGGAAACAUCUCAACCACUCCUUGAUGCGAGAAUGGCUCUCCUGAAAUCAGCGACAAACCACCCUGGUCAGUUGGUGCAAGGAAGCCCUGGUAGUGUCAAUGCAGCAUUGCAACAAAUACAGGCGCGAACUCAGCAGAGCCCUGACAUCAAAGGCGAAGUUAAUAUGGGUACUGCACAAAGAUCUUUGCCCAUGGAUCCCUCUUCAAUCUAUGGGCAGGGAAUGAUGCAGUCAAAACCUGGAAUAGCAAAUGCAGGUCUGAACCCAGGAGUCAGUGGUCUUCCUUUAAAGGGGUGGCCUUUAACAGGUAUAGACCAAAUUAGGCCAGGUUUAGGUUCACAAAUUCAAAAACCUUUCCUCCAAAAUGCAAGCCAGUUUCAGCUUCUGCCGCAGCAGCAACAACAGCAAAUCUUAUCGCAGGUGCAGGGGCAGAGUAAUCUUACUGGUUCAGCUAUGUAUGGUGACAUGGAUCCUCAAAGGUUUAGAGGUUUACCUAGGGGACCUUUAAAUGCAAAAGAUGGCCAAUCCAUUGCCAAUGAUGGAUCUAUAGGUUCUCCGAUGCAAUCUGCUUCAUCAAAGAUGAGCAUGCAGCAGAUGCAACACUCUUCGUCUCAACAACAACAGGAUCCCUUGCAAUCCCAGCAAGUGCAACAGAAUAACCGAAAAAGGAAAGGACCUUCUUCUUCUGGAGCUGCCAACAGUACUGGUACUGGAAAUACAGUUGGUCCUUCACCUAACUCUCAACCAUCCACUCCAUCAACUCAUACCCCUGGUGAUGGAGUUGCUAUGCCAAGUAAUUUGCAGAACGUUAAUAGCAUGUCGAAAAGUAUGAUGAUAUAUGGUGCAGAUGGAACAGGUGGUAUUGCGUCUUCAACAAACCAGCUGGACAAUAUGGACCAGUUUGGUGAUGUUGGCUCCUUAGAAGACAAUGUGGAAUCUUUUUUAUCACACGAUGAUGGAGACGGAAGAGAUCUAUUUGGCACAUUGAAACGGAAUCCAGAACAUGCAGCAGAAGCGUCAAAGGGUUUUUCCUUCAAUGAAGUUAGUUCGAUACGUAAAAGUAACAGUAAAGUUGUUUGCUGUCAUUUCUCGUCGGAUGGGAAAUUAUUAGCUAGUGCUGGGCAUGACAAAAAGGUUGUUCUUUGGAACAUGGAGACACUGCAAACUGAGAGCACUCCGGAAGAACACACAUUGAUAAUAACUGAUGUUCGAUUUAGACCAAAUUCCACUCAGCUGGCAACAUCUUCAUUUGAUACGACAGUGCGACUUUGGGAUGCUGCAGAACCAAAUUAUUGCAUGCAUGCCUAUUCAGGGCAUACCUCGCAUGUGCUGUCACUUGAUUUCCACCCCAAGAAGACCGACCUUUUAUGCUCUUGUGAUGCUAAUAAUGAGAUUCGCUAUUGGAAUCUGAGUCAGUAUAAUUGCACCCGUGUUUCCAAGGGAGGUUCGGCUCAGGUGAGAUUUCAGCCGAGAAUUGGACAGUUUAUGGCUGCUGCAGCUGGGAAUAUUAUUUCCAUUUAUGAUGUUGAGAGUGACAGACAAACAUACUCGUUCCAGGGGCACUCAACAGAGGUACAUUCUCUUUGUUGGGAUACAAAUGGAGAUCUUUUGGCAUCUGUUAGUCAGGAUGCUGUCAGAGUCUGGUCUUUAUCGUCCGGAGAGUGCAUCCAUGAACUCAGUUCCAGCGGAAACAUGUUCCAGUCCUGUGUAUUCCAUCCAAGCUACUCCACUCUCUUGGUCAUUGGAGGCUACCAGUCUUUGGAGCUAUGGAACAUAGCUGAGAAUAAAUGUAUGACAAUUCAAGCUCAUGAGGGCGUGAUAUCAGCGUUGGCACAAUCACCAGUAACAGGGAUGGUUGCCUCUGCCAGUCAUGACAAAUCCGUCAAAAUCUGGAAAUAAGCCUUUGCCGACUCUUUUGGUUGAUGGAUCCACGGUAUCAAUAUACUGGGCCUUUCCAUUCGCAACUGCAGAAUUCAAGAAUAAUAUGAUCAAGAUAGGGAAAGCUCAAAGUACAUCUAAUUUGAUUUUAUUUAAUAAUUUGUUUUUUUAUUAUUUGGUUUCUUUUCCAUUAUUCACCUUUCUUCAUAGGUAAUAAGAGGAAGUGUGUGUUUUCUAAGUUUCCAGGUACUUGUUUAACUCCUUUUUUUAAGUUAGAGAAUUCAUACAAGUAUUUCAAAGCU